GAGUUAUGACGAGUAUGCACCACAAGCGUGUUGUGUACAUUAGAAAUAUCCACGCUGAAGUGUGAUAGUGAUAUUAAAACUUAAACGCCAGCGGACAUUUAAAAAUAUCGAUAAAGAUUAUUUAUAUUUUCCGAACAGGAGGAGACAAGUCUGUGUUUGUGACUUUUACCGACAAACCACCAUGAAGAUCAAGAGACAGAAACAAGCCAAGAAAACCAUAAGCUUCUACAAAUACAACUUUAGCUUCAGGGAACCUUUUCAGAUCCUCAUCGAUGGGACUUUUUGUCAGGCGGCGUUGAAGAACAAGAUCCAGAUAAAAGAGCAAAUGCCCAAAUACCUGAUGGGGGAGGUGCAGCUUUGCACCACAAACUGUGCACUGAAGGAACUGGAGACUCUGGGGAAGCAGCUGUAUGGAGCCAAAAUCAUCCUGCAGAGGUUUCAGGUCAGGAAAUGUCCACAUUUCAAGAACCCAGUCCCUGCUUCAGAGUGUCUGCUGUCCAUGCUGGAGGACACGAACCCACACCACUACUUUGUAGCCACACAGGACCACGCAGUGACCACAGGCCUGAAGAAGAUCCCAGGCGUCCCUCUACUUUACAUCAUCCUCAACACCAUUGUGCUGGACAAACCCAGCCAGACGUCCCUCGACCACGUCCAGGCCGUCCAGCUGGGGGAGCUGGUGAGCCCGGCCCAGCAGCAGAGCAUCCGCAGCCUGAAAGAGGAGCAGGGCAUCAGCCUGAAGGACGGAGAGAGGCGAGGGAAGAAGAGGAAGAGGAAACAGAGCAACCCCAACCCUCUGAGCUGCCUGAAGAAGAAGAAGAAAGGAGUGCCGACGCCGCCGCUGAAGAAGACAGAGCAGGGGGAGAAGAGGAAAAGGAGUCGACACAAGAAACGAAAGACGGAGGGAGGAGAUAACAUGUCUGCUCCUACAGUUACAAAUACAUGAUAUGGCAGGAAGACAGAGACAGAAGCCAUUUUGUUUUUUGCAUAAAUGCUAUUUGAAGACAUUCACGUUUAAUAUAAUCCCUCAAUCUAAAAUAAUUAUUCUCCACAUUAACUUCUGGUCUGUUUUUCUGAUGUUAUAACACAGAACAAACUAAUAUUUACUUCACAAAAUGAUUUUAAAAUUUGUUUUAUUUUGAAAAGUUUUUCAACAGUUUCUGGGACUCAGGAUUUGCAGGCAGGAGACUGAAACUGUUCAGAAACACAGCAAUAUUUUUGAGAUUGAGAAGAUUUGUCUUUGCUUUUAUACAAAAUAAAAAAAGCAGGUUUACAGGCACAUAGUUUAAAAUCUAAGAUAUACUCAGACAUUACAUGAUAUACAGUUUACUGUAUAUGGAAGUGGAUAUCAAAAACGAUGCAUUCAGCUGUCUUUUCAAAAGCACAAGGAAGAAAUGUGAUCACAAUGACUUGUUACUUGAUACUGUACACUGUGUGACUUGUUUCUUAGAUUCAGUCUGUAGUAUUUUGUUGUGCGAUGAGUUUAGAGUCCAAACGAUGACACACAUCACAAAUGUGUCCAUUCAGACUUGAUUUUGUUCCAGUCAUUCUUUGGAUUAAAAAUCAAUUUCACUUUUAAAUAAAAAACAAUUCAUUCUCUA